AAGUCUUACUUAACCCCUCCACCUUGAUCAGCAGCGCAGCAGUAGUCAGUCACAUGAUGAUGGGUGUGUGUGCGUUACUCUGAAAAUAUCAGUAUAUGAAGUAUCUAUUUCUUUAGUAUUUACAAAUUAAUAUUAUUUCUUUGUAAAAUUUAUUGAUUAUCAUCACAUAGUGUAAAGAAGAAGGUUCUUUUUAAAUUAAUAAAAUGGCUCAAAUGCGAAGUAUAUUGGGUACCACUUUUGCAACUACUGCUUCUAUCACAAUCGUAAUUUUAGUAUUGUAUCAUGUAUUUACUGGUAAAGGAGAACGUGUCAGUAUUGCAUGGUUUUUGGAAAAAACAUCACCAUAUAUGUGGGCUACCUUAGGUAUUGGACUUGCAGUUGCAUUAUCUGUUGUUGGUGCAGCAUUAGGCAUUCAUACAACAGGAGUAUCUAUUAUCGGUGGUGGUGUUAAAGCACCUAGAAUAAAGACCAAAAAUUUAAUUUCUGUGAUAUUUUGUGAAGCAGUAGCUAUUUAUGGUUUGAUUACUGCCAUAGUAUUGUCUGGUAUGCUUGAAGAAUUUACUUAUGAAAAAGUUAACUCACCUGAUGGUUUGGAUGUGAAGAGUCAGAAUUGGCUGGCAGGUUAUUUGAUGUUUGGAGCAGGACUUGCUGUAGGUCUUGUUAAUCUGUUUUGCGGUAUAGCUGUAGGGAUUGUUGGUUCUGGUGCGGCAUUAGCUGAUGCAGCUAAUUCUGCACUUUUUGUUAAAAUUCUUAUAGUUGAAAUAUUUGGAUCAGCUAUAGGUCUUUUUGGACUCAUUGUGGGUAUUUAUAUGACAUCAAAAGUGAAAAUGGGGAACAAGGCAUAAAUGCAUUUAUUAAAACAAUGCAUGAAACAAUACAUUGUAGUUCGUCAUGUUUCAUUCCAUAUUUUAUCAUCAUUAAGUAAACAAAUGUAGAAAAGCAGACUUCUUUAAUUUUAUCAAUGGAUACCAAAGUAUUUCAUUGAUGCACCUGAAAUAUAACUUCGUGUAACAAAUACAUAAGACUAUUUGUGGAUGAACAUUUCAAAUGUUUGAUAACUUCCUGUGCAUUGCUAAGUAUUUGGCAUUAUCACACUAAUUAUCAUAGUUUAAAGUAUAUAUUAUAAUAAUAAUUUAAGUUGUAAUACUUUAAUUGAUGUAUAAUUUAGUGUAUAUAAAGUGCUCAUUUCCCAAUCGCAUUUGUGUUCAUAAUAAUAAUGAAUAUGAAUUGGAAAA